CGGAGGGCGGGGGAGCGAGCACGAAUCGCAGCACCGGGCCGGGGCCGCGCAGUUGGGGACCGGGCCCCGCGGGCCGGGGCGGGAGCCGCCGCGGAGCCUUCCGGCCGCCGCGACCAUGGCGGACCAGGCGCCCCAAGUUCCCGAGGACAUGUUCAGGGAGGUCAAGUACUACGUGGUGGGCGACAUCGACCCGCAGGUCACCCAGCUCCUAAAAGCCGGGAAAGCCAAAGAAGUGUCCUACAACGCGCUGGCCUCGCACAUCAUCUCGGAAGACGGGGACAACCCGGAGGUCGGAGAGGCCCGGGAAGUCUUUGACUUGCCUGUCGUGAAGCCGUCCUGGGUGACCCUGUCCGUGCAGUGCGGAGCGCUCCUGCCCGUGAACGGCUUUUCUCCGGAGGCCGGCCAGGUCUUCUUCGGGAUCACCGCCUGCCUGUCUCAGGUGUCCCCGGAAGACAGAAGCGCCCUGUGGGCUCUGCUGACCUUCUACGGCGGCGCCUGCCAGCUGAGCCUCAACAGGAAGUGCACGCACCUCGUGGUCCCGGAGCCGAAGGGGGAGAAGUACGAGUGUGCGCUGCGCCGAGCCGGCAUCAGGAUCGUCACCCCCGACUGGGUCCUGGACUGCGUGUCCGAGAAAACCAGGAAGGACGAGGCGUUCUACCACCCCCGCCUCAUCAUUUAUGAAGAGGAGGAGGAGGAGGAGGAGGAGGAAGAGGACGAAGAGGGGGAGAUCGAGGGACGCGACUCCCCAAACGAGGGCAGCACGGACGACAAGUCGAGCCCUGCCAGCUCUCGGGACGGGUCCCCGUCGGGGGACCCGCAGUUCUCGCCCAAGGCGAGUGCCGAGAAGCCGAAGGGGGAGCUGAUGUUUGACGACUCCUCGGACUCGUCCCCCGAGAAGCAGGAGAGGAACCUGAACUGGACGCCCGCCGAAGUCCCGCAGGUGCCGGCGGCGGCCAAGCGCAGGCUGCCCACGGGCAAGGAGCCGGGCCUCAUCAACCUGUGCGCCACCGUGCCGCCCGUCCCCGGGGGCCUCCUGCCUCCGGACGGCCGCGGGGGCCUCGUGGCCGCGGGGCCGAGUCUGCAGGGCUCCGAGAGGCCCGACGUGGCCGUGGCCUGGAGCCCCGCCGUGCGGACCCUGCGGAACAUCACCAACAGCGCGGACGUGCAGCAGAUGGGCCGGCCGUCCAACGUGGCGCACAUCUUACAGUCCCUUUCGGCACCUACAAAAAACAUAGAGCAGCAGGUGAACCACAGCCAGCCGGCCCACGCCAGCGCCGGGACGCUGCUCUUCAACCAGGUGAAGGUGACUCCAGAGCCGCACCCGGCGCCGCCGCCGCCGCACCCUGUCCUGCACCUUCCGCCGCAGCAGAUCAUGCAGAUCCAGCCGCCGCCGCCGCCGCACCCGUUCCCGCAGCAGCCGCCGCCGCACCCGUUCCCGCAGGCGCAGCCCCACCCCUUCCCGCAGCCGCGCCCACAGCAGCUCCAGCCCCUGCAGCAGCAGCUGCACCAGCUGCAGCAGCAGCAACUGGCCCAGCUGCAGCAGCAGCAGCUGCAGCGCCUGCACCAGCAGCACCAGCAGCACCAGCAGCACCAGCAGCAGCAGCAGCAGCAGCAGCUGCCGACGCACUCGGUCCAGCACCUGAGUCAGGCGCCGCCGGCGCCGCAGCACCAGGCACAGCCCCCGCCCCCAAUGCCUCCGGCCCCGCAGCACCAGCCCCCGCAGCUCGCGCAGCCGCAGCCGCAGCAGCUCUUUGGACACGACCCGGCGGUGGAGAUUCCAGAGGAAGGCUUCCUGCUGGGGUGUGUGUUUGCCAUCGCGGACUACCCGGAGCAGAUGUCCGACAGGCAGCUGCUGGCCACGUGGAAAAGGAUCAUCCAGGCGCACGGUGGCGCGGUGGACCCCACUUUCUCCAGCCGCUGCACCCACCUGCUCUGUGAGAGCCAAGUCAGCGGGGCCUUCGCGCAGGCCCUCAGGGAGAGGAAGCGCUGUGUCACCGCGCACUGGCUCAACACGGUCCUCAAGAGGAAGCAGCUGCUGCCCCCGCACCGCGCCCUGCACUUCCCGGUGGCCUUCCCCCCCGGAGGCAAGCCGUGCUCCCAGCACAUCAUCUCUGUGACCGGGUUUGUCGACGGCGACAGGGACGACCUGAAGCUGAUGGCCUACCUGGCGGGGGCCAAGUACACGGGCUACCUGUGCCGCAGCAACACGGUCCUCAUCUGCAAAGAGCCGACGGGCUUGAAGUAUGAAAAGGCCAGAGAGUGGAGAAUCCCGUGCGUGAACGCACAGUGGCUCGGGGACGUCCUGCUGGGGAACCUGGAGGCCCUGCGGCAGGUCCAGUGCAGCCGCUACACGGCCUUCGGCCUGCCUGACCCGUUCGCGCCGACGCCCCACCUUGUGCUCGGCCUCCUGGAUGCCUGGAGAGUCCCGGUGAAGGUGUCCCCGGAGCUGCUGGCGGGUCUGAGACCCUCCCCCAAACUGAAGCAGAACGAGGGGACGAACACCCAGCCUUGUUCCAAGAGACCCAGGAUCGAGGACAUCCCGCCGCCCACCAAGAAGCUGGCGCCGGAGCUGGCGCCCGCGGUGCUGUUCACGGGGUUCGAGCCUGCCCAGGUGCAGCAGUACGUCAAGAAGCUGUACAUCCUCGGCGGCGACAUCGCUGAGUCCGCGUCCAAGUGCACGCACCUCAUCGCCAGCAAGGUCACGCGCACGGUCAAGUUCCUGACGGCCGUCUCCGUGGUGAAGCACAUCGUGACCCCCGAGUGGCUGGACGAGAGCUUCCGCUGCCAGAAGUUCAUCGACGAGCAGAACUACCUCCUCCGAGACGCCGAGGCCGAGGUGCUGUUCUCCUUCAGCCUGGAAGAGUCCCUGAAGAGGGCGCACUCCGCCCCGCUCUUCAAGGCAAAGUAUUUCUACAUCACGCCCGGGAUCUGCCCCAGCCUGUCGACGAUGAAGGCGAUCGUAGAGUGUGCGGGGGGCAAGGUGCUGUCCAAGCCGCCGUCCUUCCGGAGGCUGCUGGAGCACCGGCAGAACAAGAGCCUGUCGGAGGUUGUGCUCAUCUCCUGCGAGAACGACCUGCAUCUGUGCCGCGAGUACUUCGCCCGGGGCAUCGACGUUCACAACGCGGAGUUCGUGCUCACCGGGGUGCUCACGCAGACGCUGGACUACGAGUCAUAUCCUUUGGACGGGGGCCGGGGCCGGGGCCGGGGCCAGCGGGGGAAGGGGCCAGCGGGGGAAGGGGCCAGCGGCCCAGGGUUCAGCUGA